UCCCCUUUGCACCAUCGAUCACCACUGCCGAUCGCUGGCUCGCUAGUCAAGUGAAGUUGGAAUAGCUAGGUAGCUAGCUAGCAAGCAUGAGUGGCGUGUGGGUGUUUGAGGGCGGGAUGGUGAGGCGGGCGGACAGCGAGGCGCCGGGCACGGGCGGGGCGGCGCGGCCGGGCAAGGUGCUGGUGCAUGUGCCGAGCGGCGAGGUGGUGACCUCGUACGAGGUUCUGGAGCGGCGGCUGCGGGAGCUGGGGUGGGAGCGCUACCUCAACGACCCCUGCCUCCUCCAGUUCCACCAGCGCUCCACGGUGCACCUCAUCUCCGUCCCGCGCGACUUCGCCCGCCUCAAGCUCGUCCACAUGCACGACGUCGUCGUCAAGACCCGCAACGUCUUCCAGGUCCGCGACGCCUGAGAGUAGCUUCAGCUGGCAUGCAUGCUUUGUGUAAUCUACCACCGUACCGUAUGUUCGUGUUGCAUGUGUUCGAUCGAAUUGCGAGGGAGUAUAUGUAAUAGCGCGUGCGUGUGGCUUGCCGUUCUGCAUGGGUGUAUAUCUCAAUAAGGCUCCGUCAACAGGGGACUCCGGCCUACUCGUUUGAGACUUUGGGUUGUUUGAA